CCGGCGCGGAGGGGGCCGCGGAGCCGGUUGGAGGCGCGUGCAGCCUGGCCGGGCCGCCUCGGCAGAUAUUCUUCCAGUGCCCCUUCUGCAAGUUUCUGAUGUGCUUGCAACAUCCCCCACCCGUUUGUUUUCCUUGGUUCCCUGGGACUGAGCUGAGAAUCCGGCAUCAUGGAGAAUGAAGAAAGCCUGCUCCAGGAAGGCGAAGAGGAGGAGCUGAAAAUCUACGGGUACAACUUUUGCCGGUGGAAGCUGGUCUUUGUGGCCGGAGGGGUGCUGUGCUCGGGCGGCCUCCUCCUCCUCCUCCUCUACUGGAUGCCGGAGUGGCGAGUGAAGGCCACCUGCCAAAGGGCUUCGCUGAGACGCUGCCAAGUGGUCCUGCUGAGAACCACCGACGAAUUCCAGACCUGGUUCUGCGCAAAGGUCCGCACCGUCUUGUCCCUGGGGCACCACCCCCUGCAGGCCCCGGCAGAGCUGGCCUCGGACAAGGUGGCCAACGGCUCCAGCACCCCUCUCUGCCUCCCUCCCUCGGAAGAGAACGGCAGCAGCAGCGCCUUGAAUGGCCUCUCCCGGGCCCCACAGCUCCUCCAGCUGCGCUAUUUCACCCACCACAGCGUGAAGUACUUCUGGGAUGACGCGGUGCAGAACUUCAUUUCCAUAAAGGGUUUGGACGAGUCCACCUCCUGCGCUUCCAUCCACCGGGAACACAGCACAGGGCUGACGAAGGAGAUGCAGGACUACAGGAAGAUUUUCUAUGGACUGAAUGAAAUUGCGGUCAAAGUGCCUUCCAUUUUUAAACUGUUGAUUAAAGAGGUCCUCAAUCCUUUCUACAUUUUCCAGCUAUUCAGUGUGAUCCUAUGGUGCACGGACGAAUAUUACUACUAUGCAAUCGCCAUUGUGAUCAUGUCUCUGAUCUCCAUCGCCAGCUCUCUGUACAACAUCCGAAAGCAAUACACGAUGCUGCACGACAUGGUGGCAGCUCACAGCAUCAUCAGGGUGUCCGUCAACAGAGCCAACCACGGGAUGGAAGAGGUCCUGUCCACGGACCUGGUGCCCGGGGACGUCAUCGUGAUCCCGCUCCGGGGAAUGAUCAUGCCCUGCGAUGCGGUGCUUCUCAGCGGGACCUGCAUCGUCAACGAAAGCAUGUUGACGGGGGAGAGUGUCCCAGUCACCAAGACCAACCUGCCCAACCCGUCCAAGGACUCGCAGGCCCUGGAGGGCGAAGUGUACGACCCAGACGGGCACCGGAGGCACACCCUCUUCUGUGGCACGACGGUCAUUCAGACCCGCUUCUACACUGGGGAGCUGGUCAAGGCUGUGGUCGUCAGAACAGGUUUCAGCACUUCAAAGGGGCAGCUGGUGCGCUCCAUCCUGUACCCGAAGCCCACCGACUUCCAGCUCUACCGCGAGGCCUACCUGUUCCUGCUCUGCCUGGUGGGCGUGGCGGGCAUCGGCUUCCUCUACACCAUCGUCAUCAGCAUCCUCCACCAGGUUUCCGCUCACACUAUCAUCAUUAAGUCUCUGGACAUCAUCACCAUCACGGUCCCUCCAGCCCUCCCCGCUGCCAUGACGGCCGGGAUCGUCUACGCGCAGCGGCGGCUGAAGAAGGUCGGGAUCUUCUGCAUCAGCCCCCAGAGGAUCAACAUCUGUGGGCAGCUGAAUCUCGUCUGCUUUGACAAGACAGGGACCCUGACGGAGGAUGGCCUGGACCUCUGGGGCAUCCAAAGGGUUGAAAGCGCCUGCUUCCAGCUGCCCGAGGAGAGCGCCUGCAAGGAGAGCCUGGUGCGCUCGCCCUUCAUCGCCUGCAUGGCCGCCUGCCAUUCCCUCACUAGGAUCGAAGGGGAGCUCUCCGGAGAUCCGCUUGAUCUGAAGAUGUUUGAAGCCACCGGAUGGGUGCUGGAGGAGGCAACGGAGGAGGAAACGGCCCUUCACAACCGGAUCAUGCCCACGGUUGUCCGGCCGGCUAAGCAGCUUCUUCCAGACUUCCAUGCUGGAAACAACAAGGAAAUGGAACUGUUUCAGCUCCCGGCCAGUUACGAGAUCGGGAUCGUGCGGCAGUUCCCCUUCUCUUCCGCUCUGCAGCGGAUGUGCGUGGUGGCCCGGAUCCUGGGCGAGAAGAAGAUGGACGCCUUCGUGAAAGGGGCCCCGGAAGUGGUGGCGGGGCUGUGCAAGCCAGCCACUGUGCCGGCCGACUUUGAGCGGGUGCUGGAGGAGUUCACCCGGCAGGGCUUCCGGGUCAUCGCUCUGGCUCACAGGAAGCUGGAGUCCAAGCUCACCUGGCACAAGGUGCAGAACGCUGCCCGAGACACCAUCGAGGCCAACAUGGACUUUAUGGGGCUCAUUAUCAUGCAGAAUAAACUCAAGCCAGAAACUCCAGCUGUACUUGACGACUUGCACAAGGCCAACAUCCGCACGGUCAUGGUCACAGGCGACAACAUGCUGACGGCCAUCUCUGUAGCCCGGGACUGUGGCAUGAUUCUACCUCCGGACAAGGUCAUUGUGGCCGAAGCACUACCUCCCAAGGAUGGGCACCCCGCCAGGAUCAAGUGGCACCACGCAGAUGCCCUCGAGAGGGAUCCUGAGGCCGUGCCCACCAUAAACUCAGAGGAUAUUCCCAUUAAACUUGCCCAGCAGAACUUUGAAGACUUCCACAAAACCAAAUUCCAUUUUGCUAUGAAUGGGAAGUCCUUCGCUGUCAUCCAGGAGCAUUUCCAGGACCUGGUGCCCAAGCUUGUGCUGCACGGCACGGUUUUUGCCCGCAUGGCCCCGGACCAAAAGACGCAACUGGUGGAGGCCCUGCAAAACGUGGACUACCACGUGGGGAUGUGCGGAGAUGGAGCAAAUGACUGUGGUGCUCUGAAGAGGGCCCAUGGCGGGAUUUCACUCUCCGAGCUGGAAGCCUCCGUCGCUUCUCCCUUCACCUCCAGGUCAGCCAGCAUCUCCUGCGUGCCGAACCUGAUCAGGGAAGGCCGAGCGGCCCUCAUGACUUCCUUCUGCGUGUUCAAAUUCAUGGCUUUGUACAGCCUCAUCCAGUACCUCAGUGUGACUCUGCUCUACUCUGUCCAGAGCAACCUGGGAGACUUCCAGUUCCUCUUCAUCGACCUGGCCAUCAUUUUGGUGCUGGUCUUCACCAUGAGCCUGAACCCGGCGUGGAAAGAGCUCGUGGCUCAGCGGCCGCCCUCCGGCCUCAUCUCGGAGGCCCUCCUCUUCUCCGUCCUGUCCCAGAUCCUCAUCUGCCUGGCCUUCCAAGUCCUGGGCUUCCUGUGGGUCAAGCAGCAGCCCUGGUACAAGACCUGGACCCCCUCCUCAGACGCCUGCAACUUCUCGGCCGCGGCCAACAGUUCCCAGCCGGCCAACGUCUCCAAUGACGACGAGCACAACAUCCGGAACUACGAGAACACCACCCUCUUCUUCGUCUCCUGCUUCCAGUACCUCAUCGUGGCCGUGGUCUUCUCCAAGGGCCGGCCCUUCCGCCAGCCUUGCUACAGGAACUAUCUGUUCGUGAUCUCUGUGGUCGCCCUUUACGCCUUUGCUCUGACCAUCCUGCUGCACCCAGUGGCAGCCAUUGAAUCCUUCUUGGAGCUGGUCUGCGUGCCUUACACCUGGCGGGUCACGGUUCUCCUCAUCGUCAUCGCCAACGCCGUGGUGUCCAUACGGGUGGAGAACUUUCUCCUUGACACGGUCCUUUGGAAGGUUCUCUUCAGUCGAGACAAGCCGGGGGAGGACCGCCUGGCUUCCUCCUCUUCCUCCUCCUCCUCCUCCUCCUCUUCCUCCCCCCACCCGUCUCAGGAGGGGCUGGACCGCUGCUGUGGAUGCUCCCUGCCGGGGCUGCUGGGCCUGAAGAAGAGGCCGCCCAAGGCCCGCUACAUGCACCUGGCCCAGGAGCUGCUGGUGGACCCGGAGUGGCCGCCCAAGGGCCGCACCACCACCGAGGCCCCCGGCUCCUCCUGCCGGAACGGCUCCUGCCAAGUGGUCACCAUGACGUAGCAGAGGGCCCCCCCUGGCGCAAGCUGGGACUGCCCACGGCCUGGCCUCUCUGCUGCUGACCGGAUGGACGGCUGGCCGGGCUCCCCCCCUCCCUCCCUCCCUGCCGAUGCCCGUCUUCCUCCCCCCAGCCGCCUGGGCUGAGUGCCUGGCAGGACAUCUCUCUCUCUCUCUCUCUCUCUCUCUCUCUCUCUCUCUCUCUCUCUCUCUCUCUCUCUCUCUCUCUCUCUCUCUCUCUCUCGCUGCCUGGGACGGUCUCGGCCUCCCGCAAAGGACCAGCUGCCUUGGCCAACGGGCCAAAGUGCUUCUCCCUCUGAAACUAUGCACGGAAACAGGCAUUCGGCCCCUUCGGAAACGGGGGGGGGAACUCUGGCAGGUCUCGGGGGGGGGGGGAGGAUUGCUCCCUCUGUCCUCCCCCCCCCCCGAUCCUGGGUGGGCUAGAUCUGCCCCUCCCUGCCUAGCUAUACAGGGCUCUCUCUGCCACUCGCCCUGGCCUCCAGGAAAGGGGCUGGAGCUGUGGGGGGGUUUGCAGGCUGCUAGUUGCCAGCCGGUGCAUGCACCUCCCUCCUGGUCCCCCAAUGUCUCGCCACGGGCAGACCCCUCCCCUAUCUGGACCUCCAGGUGCUUGGGAAGCCCAGGGCCGGUGCCGGGAAGCGGGAGGAGCUGGCGGCUUCCCACCCUCGUCUUCCUUCCGCAAGAGCUCUAUGCAGGCGCAGGCAGGUGGCCUUCUGCCCCCCGGAAACCUCUCUGGGCUCCCCCCCCAGGCCCCAUCCGGGAGUCCCUUGCCAGCGGAGCAGGGCUGCUUUAACCGGUGGGAGCGCUUGGCAGAAUCCUGGCUCAGAGCAGCCGUGGCUCCGUGGCUGGAGGUGAAGCCUUCCGCUGGGACAGCAUCGCUUGGAGCGUGACCAGGCAGCCCAAAAGAGAGAGGGGAAGGCCUGAGCAGGUGGACAGGGGGGGGCAGCAACCCCAACUGGACAGGAACUUUUUUACCCUGAGGCCCGAGCACUGGGCUGUGCAACACACGGCCUAACGCUGCUCUCCCAUCUGCACUGCAAACGGUUGAGAGGGCGGCUGUGCCAAGAUAGAAACUGCUCCACUGUGGUGCUAAGAGCUGGACGGCUGCAACAACCAGGAAAAGCUGCUGCAGAAACUGGCUGCGGUCAGGCCGAAGGAAGAUGGCCUGCUGCUGCAUUUUUCCCUUCUGCAUUUGAAAUUCACAAGUAUUUGACUUCGGCGGUUGGUGGUGGUCGUUGUAAGGGAAGAACCUGUGAGGCUGCGCAUCCUUCCUCUGACCCUGGAACUGUGGCUGGUGAGCGCCUCUCUCUCGCGGGGAAGCGGCAGUUGGAGGGGGGGGAGACCCUCCUUGGGGUUUUGAAAAGCGGGCGCUGUGCCUUCCAGUUCUUCCCCAUCCCCCCCCCGUCAGGCAAAGAAAAGGGGGCCGGUCAGCAGAGUUUGGGGGACUCGUAGAGAUUGCCUGCACAGCGUUUGCACAGGGUCGUCGGGCUAAAAGCAAUAUUGUGUUGAACCUGGCCUUUGGGGAGCAGACGCAGGGACCCCUCAAAGGAAGCGGGUCUCCCCUCUGGAAGGGAUGUGAUGCAUCUUCAGUCUGUUCCAAUGACACUUAAAAUUCCGAAGUUGGUGUUUUUAAAUAAUUAUUUUCUUACACUUCCUUGUGAAUUCGGGUGAACAAAGAUCACUUUGCUAACUUGGAUUCAGAGUGGUUGGUAAAUUAUUUGAGACAGACUUAUCCCUACAUCUGUAAGUUAGGAUUGUAUAUAUAUAUGGCCAAUUAAAUAUUUUAUUAUUUAUGCAUAUCUCUAAAGGAUUUGCUUGCUCAAGAAAAGAGAAACUCUUAAAUUAUACUUUUUAAAGUGUCCAGAUUUUAAAAUAAUAUAUAUACACACACACCUCCAUCCCUCAGGGUUAUUUUUUUUAUUAAUGCUUUUAUUUCUUCCCAAAUAACUAAUUAUAGGAUUGCUGGGUUUCAUGGCACACAGGCACCCUUCCGCCCUGCACACGUGGGCAGACCCCCCUCCCUGGAGGUGGCCUGUGCCCCCCCCCCCAGCGCUUCUCGCAGCCGACACAGGGCAGCCCACCCAUGGGGCAGCUCCCCCUCCCCGACUCCAGAGUGACUGGGGAAGGGGCAGGAAUCCUCUGCAAUAUUGGGGUCCUCGUGUUCUGCUGGAAAGACGGCCGCCUCAGGUGGGUAAGGACCACCCAUUCCCUCAACUGGCAAUUUUACGAACUUGCACUCUUCUUCAUUUUUAUUUAUUUUUCCAGCGGGGAAUCAAUUCUCCUUCGCUGGGUGAUUUUAUCUACUGUAGUAUAUAUAAUGGCUGCAUAUCAGUAGUUACAACGAGGUGAGGAAUAAUUCUUAAUGCUGCAAAUGAUCUUAUUCUCAAACGCUUUCCUUAAUCAUCACAGACUUAAAAGGGCUUCGUGUUUUUAGCUUGCAACGAUUAAAUUCUAAAAUCAAAUGUUUGUAUAUAUGAUGGAAAAGUUGAUUUAAAGGUUCAGAUGUGAUUGUUUUAGGACACAGAAAUGUCCAGUUUUUUUAAAAAAAAGUUUGUAUGCAAAUAUGCAAACAUUUGGAUAAAUUAUGUAUUUCCCUGCCACCAGCAGCUCAGGCCGUGAUUGCAAAGACCCUCUCAUGUUAAAAUGUUUGAAAAAUACUUUUAUUUAACAAAUGGCUCUGCAUAAAAAAUUAUUUUGCUGUUUUUUAUAAUGGUACCCAGUUGUAAUAAAAACAUUUUAUGUAAUUGUA